AUGCCCGGACACAUUCCACUUACCGCCAAUGAGAAACUCCUCCGUCGCUUCUACGAGCCUCUAGUCCUCCUCAGCGCGCUGGACCCAACUCGGGGGGCGCAUCGCCCCGACCUCACCUCAGAUCUUGGGUUGGACAAACAAUCGAAGUGGUGGCGCAACUUUUUGGAUCAGCUUGCAUUUCUAUGUGAUUUCGAAAAGGGCGGAGACACUGUCACGGCAAUCGCAGUUCAAAAGCGCGUCGAUCAUCCAAUCUUUUGGCUUGCAUCGAACUCGAAGUCUCGAAACAAGGCGCGUGACCAUGUACGUUGGAUCUUAGGUCGCCUCAACGACAUGCAUUCCGUCGCCAUAUGGUACGACGAACGUGAACGCGAGAUUCUGUUUGGGUGCAUCGACUUCAGCCGUGCCCGAGUCAAAACCUAUAUCGGAUGGCUAAUGCAAGCACUCAAAAAGGCGAAGGAGAGCAUGCAGGGAUCGCGCACGCCCGAAGAUACGCUCAUUGUGGCGGAAUUUGAGCAUCUCGAAAUGCUGGAGUCAGAUCCUCAUCAACUGUGUGCCCAUGCCCACAGCCUUCGAAAGCACAGAUUUAUGGAAGUUCUCUCUCAAAGGCACACCGUCCACUCGCAGCGCGGCAUCUGGUCUGAUAUCCGUCACUUCAUCGGGCGGCUUGGUUUGUGGCAUAAAGCAAUUCGAAUCCUUGUUUCUGGUACGAAAAUAUUCCCACAGUACAUCGAGGGUGCCCAAGUCAUGGUCGUUGCACCGCGUGGAUCUGCCGCCCUGCCCUACUUUGACAAUUCGACUGAUAUGGCUGAGAUUGUCCGGCGCAUGGUGCCUAGCGACCAACCUUCUCUGGCCCAGGAGUUGAGUGCAGCUCUGGCCGAAGUCGAUGCGAUAGCAGGGAUUUGGGGCAAGUUCCGAGAGGACUACAAAAAUAUCAGACCUCGUCCACACGCUGAAUUACUGGUCUUGGAGCACUUUCAUUUUGAGAACCUUGACUUUGUCGCUGACGAAAAAUAUAUAGGCUGUAGCAAGCCCUCAUGCUACUGCUGUAACCUCUAUAUGCAAUGCCAUCCCGGCGGCUUCAUACCUCGAGCAUGCCAUGGCAAUCUCUGGAUCAACUGGGCUCCCCCGAUUCCGCUUCCAUCAAUCCAGCUUGGCACUGGCCGGUCCAGGGUACGGCCCCAACAGCAUCACACCUUCGGACUGCUCCAGAAAAUGCUCGUACGCAUCCGUUUAGACUUACAGGACCAAAUCCUGUCAAGACGGCCUAGAAGAGCGAGACUACCGGACUCAACUACAGGAAUGUCCAGCGUACCGUUCGAUACAGAUAAACUUCUCGCAUCCCUUCUGGGCCCCCAACGGAAUUUGUCAGGUGGUCAAGGAGAUGAAUCCGCGGCAGCAAGUGAAGGAGAGGCGGCGGAUGCAAGAACGGACGGACUCCCAGCAGAGAGCUCUUUGGAUGCUGGAAGCGAAGGAAGGGAUGAGAGCCUAACAGAAGGAGAUCUAACCCACGGAAAUAAGAAUCAGAACCUUUCCAAGGCUAAACAGGUUCAACCACCUGGUGCCGAAGUUGAUGAAGAGAGCAGUGCCGAGGAGGAAUUGGUUUUCAAAGGAAGAAAGAACAAACUAUACUCCCGGUAG